AUGGCGGGGCGUCGCGGCGACCGGCGGCCGGUCGGCGGCGAUCCCGGCCUGCCGGCCGGCGACCUCUCGCUGGACGACUCGCUGGACUCGGAGCGGGGCGACGGCGUGCUGAACCUGUCGGCCGCCGGCGUGCAGGCCGCUCUCGCCGCCAUCCAGGCUGGACAGAUGAGUCUGACGCAGCAGAUGAUGCUGCACAACCAGCUGGCGGCGGCGGCGGCUGCAGCCAGCCAGAUGCCGCCCAUGUCGACGGCCUACGGCAAUCCCCUGGCGGGCUUCGGCAACAGCGAGUCCAUUCAGGCUCUGCUGUCGGCGCUACAACAGCAGCUGCAGCACCAGCAGCAGACGCUGCAGCAGCAGCUGCAGCAGUUCAUGAUGAUGAGCCCGGCCGGAGGCAACAGUCACCUGUCGGCGCAGCAGCUGUUCCUGCAGAACCAGGUGCAGCAGCUGGCGCAGGCGGCGCAGCAGCUGCAGCAGCUGCAGAAGCAGCGGCAGCUGGCGCCGCCGGCGGCCAGCCCUCCGCCGCCGGGCGCGCUGCGGCACGCGUUGCCGGCGGCGGCGCCGGGCGCACGCCUGCUGCCGCUGCCGGGCGCGGUCAGCCCGCACGGCCCGCCGCCGCCGCCGCCGCAGACCAUCGCGCGGCGCUACACGGAGCCGCCGCCAGAGGAGGCCACCGACCUCGAGGAGCUCGAACAGUUCGCCAAGACGUUCAAGCAGCGUCGCAUCAAACUCGGAUUUACGCAGGGCGAUGUUGGCCUGGCUAUGGGGAAAAUGUACGGCAAUGACUUCUCCCAGACCACCAUCUCUCGCUUCGAAGCACUCAACCUCAGCUUCAAAAACAUGUGCAAGUUGAAACCGCUCCUGCAAAAAUGGCUGGCAGACGCCGAUAGUUCGAUGUCCAGUCCGUCGCACGUGACACCGCCGCACAGCACGGCCGACUCGAUGGGCCGCCGCCGCAAGAAGCGCACCUCGAUCGAGACGGGCGUACGCGUGGCUCUGGAGCGCGCCUUCCUGCACAACCCAAAGCCCACUUCGGAGGAGAUCUCCAUGCUGGGCCGCUCGCUCUGCAUGGAAAAGGAGGUGGUGCGCGUCUGGUUCUGCAACCGUAGACAGAAACAGAAGCGCAUCAGCACGCCGACGGCGUCGAUGGGCUCGCCGCAGCCGGCGUUCCCGGCCUACUCCAGCGCCAACUCCGCCGGCUCGGUGCCGUCGCCCAACUCGCUGCCGUCGCCCAUCUCGCCGCCGCUAUCGUCGCCGCUGCCGCUGGUCACCUCGCCCCAGUACGCCACCGCGCCGUCUCCCGGCAGCCAGCCCUACAAGGACUGACCCGUGCUGGGCUGGGCUGAGCCGGGCCCGAGUCGGGCCGGCCGGUCCGAGGCCGCCUCGCCUCCGGACCAGCCCAGCCUCGAGCCGACGCCGCCGCCCCCCGGCCGCGAUCUGGACUCGUCCGCGUCGGCGCUAGACCAUGCUCUCGACGCCGCAGCGGCGGCGCGCUACAGCUUGGACUCGCCCGCGCAGGGGGCGGAACGCUCCCCGCCCCGAAUCCACGGCCUGGCCGCCGGCACGCUCCAGCCUCCCGCGUUCAGCAAGGAUUCCCCCCCGCUGCCCACCGAACACAGCUUCGACGAUUCCGAGGUGUCCGGCUUCAACUUGAACUCAUUCGGAGCGAGGCCGGAGCGCAGCUACGACCCAGCCGUGUGCGGCACGCCGCGCCCGCCGCCCGCCGCCGGACACGUGCCGGGGUACGGCGCGCCUGAGCCGGA